GGUCAAUCAUUGAAUUCAUAGGCAAAAGCUGUCUACUUCUAUCGCAAAUAAUAAGUAAAUACUACGAAAGUAUUGUAUUCUUACCAUUCAGUUCAUUGCUGUGUAUUCAUGGAUUUCUUAAAGUCUGCCGUCGCGUCUGCGAUAUCGAAGGGUCCUCCAUUUCCCUACACAUUCGGGGAUCAAGUUGAUAUAGAACAGUCCAUAUGGAAGUUAUACAAUGGCACCAAAAGAGUAGGCGAAGAGAUGAUUUUGGUAAAGAAUAGGUAACUAAUGAUAUUUUAGGAAGACGGUUCUAAUUGUAGCAUAUUCUCCUUCGAUGUUCCCGCGAAUAAAUCUCGAUUACCUCUAGCCAAAAAUGCUGUUAAGAAGCUUCGAACACUACGGCAUCCCGGCGUAAUCAAAGUGCUGGACACAGUUGAGGUAUGAAUUACUGAAGCUCGAAUUAUGUGUGAGAUUUCUGACUUUCGGUAUUUGGCUAGACGGAUACAUAUAUUUAUAUUGCUACUGAGAGAGUAGUUCCUUUAAGAUGGCAUAUCAAGAGAAAGAGCAUGAGCCCGGAGACUCUGAAAUGGGGAUUAUUUAGCAUAGCAGUAAGUUGGCGAACAUUAUUUUCCAGAUACCAAGUCUAAUAAGCUACAUAGCAAACAAUCAAAUUUAUUAAUGAUGAAGCCUCAUCCGUUCACGGAAUGCUACGAGUAGGAUCAAUUUAUACAAGUGAAAGCGGAGAGUGGAGAGUUGGAGGCUUUGAAGUAUUAAGCAAUAUGAAUGAUACUGAAGCAAUCAUAUACGUGAGCAAUGAUUGUUCCCGUUAUACAAAAAAUCCAGAGCUAAAUCUUGCAGAACUAUGGCAGUCUUGUACCAGACUCCGGACGAUAUACUCCUCCAGAAUUGGCAAGUUCUGGCUGGGAUUCCAUCAAAAAACACCCUAUCUAUGCGACGGAUUCUUAUAAUUAUGGAACAUUGAUUUUUGAAGUCUUCAAUGCAGACUUCACGGGAAGCGAUCAAGCCGGUCAGACGAAGAACAUACCUCCAUCCAUGCAAUCAAGUUAUCGACGUUUGGUUAAUAGUAACCCUAAAGCUCGGCUUAGUGUUGGCUAUUUCGUUGAGCAAGGUCGGCGAAGUGGAGGCUUCUUCGAGACUCCUCUAAUCAAGCUUACUGAAGGGGUAGAUAAUCUUGGGAUGAAGUCGGAAACUGAACGAGAAGAGUUCCUGAGGUAAUUUCCAUACUAGAAACCUACAAUAAAUAAGCUAACCUACGAAGUGAUCUUGAUGAGCUAUCAAAUGACUUUCCGGAAGAUUAUUUCAAGAUGAAGAUUCUACCUGAGUUAUUAAAAUCUGUUGAAUUUGGAGGUGGUGGACCAAAAGUCUUUACUGUUGUUAUGAAAAUUAGCACGAAGCUCACGGAUGAUGAUUUUGAAGCAAAGGUCACACCUGUUGUGGUGCGACUGUUUAGUAGCCCUGACAGAGCUAUUCGAGUUUGUCUUUUGGAUAAUCUUCCUCUUAUGAUUGAUCGACUACCACAAAAAGUAGUGAAUGAUAAGAUAUUCCCUCAGAUGGUAAGGAUGAUUGAGCUUUAAUUUUAGACACAUGCUGAUUGUAGUAGGUCACCGGGUUUACGGAUCUUGCACCAGUAGUACGGGAACAAACAGUCAAAGCAGUUUUGACAAUUAUUGGAAAACUAUCAGACCGAACUAUCAAUGGGGAACUAUUGAAAUAUUUAGCCAAAACUUCCAACGAUGAGCAACCUGGCAUUCGAACGAACACGACAAUCUGUCUAGGAAAGAUAGCCAAGAAUCUAGGGGUUAGCACAAGGUCAAAGGUGUUGAUAGCUGCUUUCACACGUUCACUUCGUGAUCCAUUCGUUCAUGCUAGAAAUGCAGCUUUGCUAGCAUUAUCUGUUACAGCAGACUCAUUCAACGAUGAUGACUGCGCUAAUCGAAUAUUACCGGCGUUAUGUCCUUGUCUAAUCGAUAAGGAGAAGCUCAUUCGAGAACAGACAAACAAAACAAUGGAUGUUUAUCUGCAACGCAUUCGCAAGUCCGCUGCCUCAAUGCCUGAUACUGCUUUACCACCGCCUACCACGGGCGAAGCUGCUUCUUCAUCCACGCCUCGAAUGAGUACGCCACAACCUACUGAUGCAGGGUCAUCAUGGACAGGCUGGGCUAUUUCUUCAUUCACCAAUAAAAUAGCUGCAGCUACUGGCGAAAUCCAACCAUCAAGUGCUGUUGUGACUCCAGAUGCACAUCCUAGCUCAGCACGACAGGAAAAUGAACCUCGCCCUUCAACUCAAUCUGCAUCAGCAUUACAUCGACAAGCAGUAACUUCACCAGCUGUCGCUCCAACAAACACCUCAUCUGCUGGUCAAACUUAUUUCGAAGAUGCAAAUGCAGGAGAAGACGAUAUGGAAGCAUGGGGAGACAUGGAAGAAGAAUCCUUCUUUGACGCACCCACUGAAUCUGCCCCCGAAGCUACUACAAAACAAUCUACCAUCGCAAACCCCUUUGACGAUAACGGUGAACCAGAUUUCGCAGGCUGGCUAGCAGCUCAACAAAAGAAACCAGCUCAAAAAUCUCUACCUAAGGGUUUGGCCAAACCAGCGUCGAAAACUAAUAAUGAUAGACCUAUUUCUUCAGGAAGAUCUAAUACGACCGGUUCUUUAGGAACGAAAAAGACAUCAACUAUAGCAGCGAAACCUGUACCUAAGAAAAUUGAUACCGCGCCUAAAGCUACAGAUGACGAUGCUGAUUGGGGGGAUGGUUGGUAGUGUUUAGGGUUUGGGUUAUCAUUUUAGGGUUGAGGAAUUAGAUUUGUGUUAUUGGCUUGCUGUGUAGAAAUUGGUAUGGCGUUUGGAUUAGGUUAGGUUAGGUUACUGGGUAGGUUAGGCGGGACGUGA